AUGAUUAAUUCCGAUUUCUUUAUAUUAAAUAAACUAUGGUGGAAAUUACCAUUCGACGAACGAGAUAAUGAGUUUUUGAUUAAACAAACGUUAUAUUUUAAAAAACUUAUAAAAGAUGUUAUUAAUAAAAAUGAUAAAGAUUUGUGGGAUGGGUAUGCAACUCUUCAUAGAGAAAAAUAUUUACUGGAGUGUGUUUCUGUCGAAAGUAAUAUUGAUUAUAAAAAACUUGAAACGAUCUUGAAAGAUUCUUGGUUAUUUGAUAUUUUUAUAUCUGAGAAAGAUAGAUAUAUGACUAGGAAGAUUAGAAAUCUUGAUAAUGUUAUCAAGAAAACAUUUCCUUCGGUAUUUUUUCCUGAUUUAUCUAUUGAUGAAUUUACACCAGAAUUAGCGAUCAAUCUUCAUAAACAAAUAGGUAAAGGAAUUAUUGAGAAUAUGGGAAAAUAUAGAAAAAAACUUAAUAUGGCUGCAGAGGAUAAUUUUAUAUAUAUGUCACCUGGUUUAAUCGAAACAAAUAUGAAUGAAUUAUUUAAAUUAACAAGAGAAAAAUUUAAAAAAGAAAAUUAG